UUGUUGUUGCCGUGCGUGCGUGCGUGCGAACGUACGUGCGUGCUGAGGGACGGAGCCGGUGCGCCGGUAGACUCAGCGCUGUACUAUGGACCUGCGGAACAGCGCUGAGACAGAUCCCGAUUAUUACUCCCCGUACCAUCCCGGCUCCGUCCCAAAGGAGGUGCAGGCCAGAAAGCAUGAGCAGGAGAAGCUGUCGGGAGUGGUGAAGAGCGUCCACCGGAAACUCCGCAAGAAAUACAUUGAAGUGGGAGAUUUCGAGAAAAUAUGGCGUGAGCACUGUGAAGACGAGAAGACCCUUAGCGAGUAUGCCACGGCCAUGAGGAGCCUCGCCGACAACCACUGGGCGAGCAAAUGCGAGGGAGAGGGACGCAUCGAGUGGUGCCGAAGUGUUUGUCAGGAGUACUUUCAGAAUGGAGGGAUGCGGCGAGCGCUGGAGAAGGAUGAGAAGUCCGCUAGACACGCGGCCGCUGGAAAUAACACAUCUGUGAACAAUCUACCACAAUUCUCUUCUCCAAGCUCAUCAUUCCAGCUUGGUAGGAUACGACUGUUGGAUGUGGGAAGCUGUUUUAACCCUUUUCUGAAGUUUGACGAGUUUCUUACCGUCGGUAUCGAUAUUGUGCCAGCUGUAGAGAGCGUCUACAAAUGCGACUUUCUCAACCUGCAGCUGCAACAGCCUUUGCAGCUGGCCAGCGACGCCCUGGACACCUUCCUGCAUCAGCUGCGCGGCCCCAUCGAAGCUCUGCCCGCCCAGCUUUUUCACGUGGUGGUCUUCUCCCUGCUUCUGUCCUACUUCCCUUCGCCCUACCAGCGCUGGCUCUGCUGCAAGAAAGCACAUGAACUUUUGACCCUGAAUGGCCUCCUGCUCAUCAUCACCCCCGACUCUUCCCACCAGGGCCGCCACGCCCUCAUGAUGCGCAGCUGGCGAGUCGCAGUCGAGUCGCUGGGCUUCAAGCGCUACAAGUACGUCAAAUUCUCCCACAUGCACCUCAUCGCUUUCCGCAAGGUCUCGGCCACCACCAGCAGCGACCUGGUCAGUCGCAACUACCCCGAGAUGCUCUACAUCCCACAGGACUUUCACACUGUCAACGAGGAUGGGUUCACGGAUGCGUACGAACCCCCGCGCUCCGACUUCGAGGAAGACCAAUUGGCAUGCAGCUUUGCGGAAUUACCAGACACGCCGUACGAUUCGGACUCGGGCGAGAGCCAGAGCAGCUCGGCACCUUUCCAUGAGCUGGAAGACCCCAUUUUGCUGCAGAGCUGAACUUGUUUACUGCCCCUCAUAACAUUUAAAACCCUACUGUCGCUGCCAAAUUGUUCCGCUGCUGUGCUCCACCCCUUUCGAAGCAGCAAAUAAGUUUGCACAGAGUGAAUGAGGACGUGUUGAUUUUUAAGAGCGUGCGAGAGAUCUUGAACAGAAGGGCAUCAAUUGGCAAAGGUUUUACAAAACGGUUUUCAAACAGAAACAGCUGCGUGAUCUCAGGUUGAAGAAAACUGGGCUGUUGUCAUGUCACGACUGUCCACUGGAUAAGAAUUGUCAAAGCAUUUUGAUUAGCGUGAGUCAUGUCAUCGUUGGUGUCAAAACACGCUUUCUUUUGGCUGACGUGACGGGUUGCAUUGAGGCUCACUUCAUUUUUUUAAUGGUUUGAUUCUGAGCAAGUUUCAACUGGACAUUUCAGAGAGAGGCUUCAUCCGAAAGUUUUCGACAAUUGCCUUCAUUAGUGAUAUUUGUAGCAUUUUAAGAACUUAGGUACGUCGUGUUGGUUUGGUAAUGUGACAUUGUAACUGUGAAUGUGGAUUUAUCGCUUGGUUCCUACAUCGCAAAGUAGUCGUAGCUUUUGAGAACAAACAAUCUUGAAGGUGCUCAGAUUGCAUGCGUGCUUUUCAUUUACUUCGUGGCAAUAUGUUUCGAAUUUUGUGAUCAAAAGACGUGAACACUUAGCUGUGAGUGACGAAUUGCCUUCGUUUUCAUUUUAUCCGCUAUUAUAACCGAUGACUGUAGAGUAGACUCCUAUAAAGUUACUUGUCAGUAGUAUGGUUCGAUAUCUCUGCAUUUGACCAAAAUGUGACUUUAUUGAGUAGAAGAAUUGUUUACUCUUUAAACCUAAGUCUUUCUUCCUUCGUUUAUGAUGUAACUGGUUAGGGUAUAUCUCAUUGAUUUAUUCAAUACGUAAUUUAAGCUUUCAAUUCCAAAAUAUAGCAUUUCAAGGGACUGAGGUUGAAAAGUAUCCCAACAAAUAGUUAGUUGGUUGGAUUUUCACAGAUACAAUCAAGUGUUGUUAUUUAUUUAUCACCGUAAAUUUUAUUCUCCUACGUACGGCGCUGCAGAACUUACAGCUUUUAAUUCACUCUAGGUUCUUAAAAACACUAUAUGAACUGUCCAAGCACAUAAUUUGCACAUGUUCAGUGCAACACCUUAUAGGGUUAGCAAGAUAUUGAUACUUGACAUCAGCAGAAGCACUUCAUUAGAAAAGCAAUACAUUAUCAAUUAUAAAUGAUCAGAAAAUCUCCAAUAUCACAAUAAACUGGCAGUUUCAUUGAGGCACUGUUUUGUAUUCAAGUGGAUGCUGGUAAACCUGAAUGACAGAAGAUACUGUGAUGGUUUCUUAAAUCUAAAAACGUGUGUGAAGUGUCCUACAUUUGGAUUGUGUUGAAGUAUCUAUGUGAGUUUUGGUGUUAAGCACUUUAAAGGUGUUUUAGGGGUGCCAAAAACAUGUCUGGAGUGAUUUGAUAGAAUCGAUGGAAAUCAUGAGAUUUCAAGAUGUAUCAAGGUGCCUUCAAAGCCAAAUUGUAUUUUUGCCUUUGUGAUGGUAAAGACUGAUUUUCUACUGAUUGUCAUGUCAUAGUAAAGUAAUCUUUCUCCCAAACGCACAGUUCAAUACUCUCAGCAAAUUAACCAGCUCUCGGCUAAAUGACUAAAUACUGCCCUAUAAAGAUUACAUUAGCAAUAGCAUUUUAUGGCUCUCUAUUUAUAAAAAGAUGUUUUAAAAACACACCAAAAAAAAUAAAAGCUUUGUAUUGUACUGUUUACUUGGUGAUUUGUUCAAACAUUCAACAUAUCAAACAUUUUUGUCUUCCUCUGGUUCUUAUCCACUGUUUGCAUGAUUGAUUUUCUCUAUCAGUGUUAUGAUGUUGACUCCCACAGCAUAGGGCCAUUUGUGAGAAUUGUCAUUCAUUUUUAUAAAUAAAGGUUUGUUGCCUUUG